CUACCAUUCAGGCCAUUUCUCUCGCACGGUCGCACUUUCUCACCUCUCCAAGAUCCAGAAGGAAACCCUAGUAUAAACCCUUGCGAAACGGUACCACCAGAAGGAGGUGAGAGAAGGUCGCUGAGAAGCAAAAUAAUAUACACCUUCUCUCACUAUCCGUCCGAUCCCUCCUCCUCUUUGCUCAGAGAUCAAUUCAGUGAUGGCAUCUUCAGAGCAGGACGUAUCUGCUGCAGCCUGCCCUCCUGCUGCUGAUGUUGUUGGCAAUGCCUUUGUUCACCAGUACUACCUUAUCUUGCAUCAAUCCCCCGAGCUUGUUCAUAGAUUUUACCAGGAUACUAGUAAGCUCGGUCGUCAAGAAGAAAACGGGACCAUGAAUAUAACAACAACUAUGCAAGCAAUCAAUGAGAAGAUACUCUCGCUUCAUUAUGGCGAACUCAGUGCAGAAAUCUUAACCGUGGAUGCACAAGAUUCUUUCAGUGGGGGAGUCCUUGUUCUUGUCACUGGGUAUUUGACUGGAAAGGAUGGUUUGAGGCGUAAAUUUUCUCAAACUUUUUUCCUGGCCCCUCAAGACAAAGGCUACUUUGUUCUGAACGAUGUUUUUAGAUAUGUGGAUGAUGGGAACCAGGGUUUUGUUAAUGAUGUGGAAGCACCUCUUACUUCUGACCUUGAUCCUUCUCCUGUGCAAGAGAAUCAUGUUUCAGAGCCAGUUACUGCAGUGUCAGAGGUUGCUGAUGGGGUGGAAGUGUAUAAUCCUUCUGAGAAUGGACAAGAUCCUAUUGGAGAAGAGGAAGAACCAGUUCCUGAGGUCGUUGAUGAAAUUUCAGAUGGUUGGCAGUUAGUGGCCGAAUCAAAUUCUAAAAUUGAAGAAGUUCCAAAGAAGUCAUAUGCCUCUAUUGUUAAGGUUUUGAAAGAGAAUGCUGCUCCAUUUUCAACUCAAACGCCUUCUCUACGGAGGUCUGUCUCCAAGAGCCAAGAGCAACCAGUGAAUUCUGGACCUCCUGCCCCGGUGUCUGAGACACCAGACUCCGACACUAAUGCUAAUGAAAACAGUGCUAAUAAGGAAUUGGAAGCUGAUGGUCAUUCUAUUUACAUAAAAGGCCUCCCUGUGAAUGCUACUCCUGCCCUGCUUGAAGUUGAGUUCAAGAAGUUUGGACCUAUCAAGAUUGGCGGAAUACAAGUCAGAAGCCAAAAGGGAUUUUGUUUUGGCUUUGUGGAGUUUGAGGUGGCAACCGCUGUGCAAAGUGCAAUCGAGGCUUCACCCAUCAUCAUUGGUGGACGUCAAGCUGUUGUUGAGGAAAAGAGAUCUACUAAUCGAGUGAACAGUAGUAAGGGACGAUUUCAAUCUGGAAGGGCGAGUGGAUAUAGGAAUGAUGGAUAUAGGAAUGAUGGUGCAAGAGGACGUGGAAAUGGGAACUAUGGAAGUGGCCGGGGCUAUGGUCGUGGUGACUUCAGUGGCAGGGGUGAGUUUGGCAGCAGGAGUGGCAACCGAGGUGGAUUUUCUAGUCGUGGAGAGGGAUAUCAGAGGAGUGAUCACAUGGGUGGCAAUGGUGGGCGCAUGAAUCGUGCUGGUGGGUUGGCUGUAAAUGCAUCCAGAAAUACAGCACCACAGAUACCAGCUACCGCCUAAGGAAUAAGGAGCCAAAGUUUGUCGGGAGGAUAACAAUUUGAAGAUUUUUUCAAAUUGCUUAUUCAAGUGAUGGGUAAUUCUUUUUUUUUUUUUUAUUUCCUUUGAAUGAGGUACAUGAGGUUUGCUCGAGAUUUUGUCCAUGUGUUUUUUCAUUGGUCUUGGGUGGAUAAUCGAUUACAAAUACUAUUCGGUGCAUUGUUUCACAUCUCAAAAGAGUUAGUUCGUUGUGGGUCACAUUGUUUUUUUCUUGACACUAGGAAUUUUUAGAGCGUUGGUGCUGGGAAUGAGAGUAAUGCUUCGGGCUAUAUAGAAAGAAGAUAGAUCAUCCUGAUACGGAUUUAUGGAUUUUAAUUUUUCGGCAGAAAUGGGAUCGUGUAUUAAGACGUGUUUGGUAUCUAUCUACUCAUCUGAGUUUGAAGUUGAUAAAA